AUGGAUGAAGGCGACAUCGCAGUGGAUGACAUUGUUAUACGUAACUCGAUUUGUAUAAAUAAUGAAGCUUGUGACUUUGAAAUUGAUACAUGUAAAUGGCAGAAUGACAGGACAUGGAACUGGAUUACAAGAAAAGUUAGGGAUAUUCCCAAUGGCCCAAAAGUGGACAGGACUUUGAGAACGGAAUCAGGUGGAAUACUUUAUAUUGACUACGAAAGUAACCCAGUAGAGGGCGACUCUGCACAGUUAGUGCUGACUGCUUUGCCUGCAACUGAUGUCAAUGGCAAAUGUCUUCAAUUUUGGUACUACACUUCUGGCUCAUAUGGUACACUAAAUUUGUAUGUGGACUAUGGCACAACAUUUCCAGGAAAACAAUUAUAUUUCGUUGUAAAUGCCGAUCCCACAGAUGAAUGGACAUUCGCAACUGUGCCUGUUGUUAGUACAGUCAUACAUACGGUAAUCAUUGAAGUUGUCGCAGGGGAUGGUUCAAGUGGUUUUGUGGCAUUCGACGAGAUACAUUUUAGGACUGGUUGGUGCCAUGUAACACCUUCAACAGCUGAGGCACCUGCAUCGCCACCCAUCGCUCCCAGCACACCAGCACCAAUAGAUCCGAGUCCAAAUGAUUGUGAUUUUGAAACUGGGUUAUGUUUAUGGUCGCAGUCGACUGGAGAUGAUUUUGAUUGGAUCCGUAAACAAGCCUCCACUGGACUUGGACCAAAUGAGGACCACACUAUUGGAGAUGGUAGUGGCUGGUACAUCUACAUGGAGACUGAUUCGCAAUCAACAGAUGACAAGGCGUGGCUAGAGAGUUCCACCAUCCCUGCUUCUGCGACCUGUCUCUCAUUUUGGUAUCAUAUGUAUGGUACUCGGGUCAACACAUUAACUGUAUUCAUGAAAAACCUUGACACUCAGAAGAAUCUUUGGGUUCACGAAGGUGGUGAAAUUGAUGGUUGGUUAUAUGCUUACGUUUCACUAGAUUUCACCGAUCCAUUCCAGUUCGAAUAUGACGGGAAACAGUAUACAAUGUUGUGUUGCUUUAUUGUGCCUGAGAACAACUUUGUGUUCGGAGAUAAUUGGAUAAGAGCUGGCUUUGAUAUUUACUUUUAUGAGCAUCCAAAUACAAGAAUGAGGUUCCAGAUUGUUGUUACGGCGGCCGACGGCGACAAUGGUGACAUGGCCGCAGAUGAUUAUUAUGUUAAUGAUGGAAAAUGCCCAGCUCAUGUUGAUAUCGAUUUCGAUGACGGGUUUGGUCAGUGGUUUAAUGAUCGCAACGGCCUACGCGAUGAAUUCGAUUGGGUAAUAGGAUCAGGGGAACAUAGAUAUGGUAUGACUGGCCCUGACAUAGACCACACUCAAGGAACAGCGCAAGGAAAAUAUGCACUAUGUGAUGUAUCUGGUGGAUCAAAAGGUGACAGGGCGGUAUUGGAGUCGAGAACACUCUUCGUUCAAAAUAAAUGCAUAACAUUUUGGUAUCACAUGUAUGGCGAGCAUGUUGGCGAAUUGCGUCUGUUGCUACAAGACGGAGAUGAUGAAAUUCUGGUGUGGCGGCUCGAAGGACAGCAAAAUAAAAAAGACGAGUGGAAAAAAGCACGUGUUGGAUGGAAAAAUCCCAUUAGUGGAGGAGCAGCUAUUGCUCAUCUCAUUGAAGUGAUCCGAGGUGAUGGAGAUUAUGGAGAUAUUGCAAUAGACGAUGUAUUGUCAGAGGGAACAUAUUGUGAUGAACUGCUACCUCCUGAGGCGAACCCGAAUCCAGUUAAAUCGUCAAACAAGAUUGGAAUGAUUGUUGGGAUUGUACUUGCUGCGUUGGUACUUAUCACACUGUGUGCUGUAAUAUGUUAUAGAUAUAGAGAUUCAAUAUCCACGAAUGUGUCAAGAAAAACGUUUGGGUCUAGUCACGUGACAUAUAUUCAAUCGUUGCCAGACCCGUGGUUUCAAGCAAAGCUUGCUGGAAGUGAAAUGGCACGUCAAAUCAUGUACUCUAUGGUUCUUGCAGUUGUUACAAUCACUGGAAUAAUCGUGUAUGCCGAAGAGACAGAUUUAUUUCGGUGUGAUUUUGAAGAUGGUAUUUGUGGGUUUGAAUUUGAACCAAGUAACCCUAUUGAUUGGACAAUACACAAAGGAAAAACAGCUACAGUGGGCACUGGACCAUCAGUCGAUCACACCCUUCAGACGGAUCAAGGUGAUAUUGCAGUGGAUGACAUUGUUAUACGUAACUCGGUUUGUAUAAAUAAUGGAGCUUGUGACUUUGAAAUUGGUACAUGUGAAUGGCAGAAUGACAGGACAUGGAACUGGAUUACAAGAAAAGUUAGGGAUAUUCCCAAUGGCCCAAAAGUGGACAGGACUUUGAGAACGGAAUCAGGUGGGAUACUUUAUAUUGAUUAUGAAAGUAACCCAGUAGAGGGCGACUCUGCACAGUUAGUUUUGACUGCUUUGCCUGCAACUGAUGUCAAUGGCAAAUGUCUUCAAUUUUGGAAUAUUACACACCAGAAUUGUCAGAUAUUCACAGUAUUAUUCAAUCCCUGUCCAGAUCCCAGUCCUAAUGAUUGUGAUUUUGAAACUGGAUUAUGUUUAUGGACUCAGUCGACUGGAGAUGAUUUUGAUUGGAUCCGCAAACAAGCCUCCACUGGAUUUGGACCAAAUGAGGACCACACUACUGGAGAUGGCAGUGGCUGGUACAUCUACAUAGAGACUGAUUACCAAUCAACAGAUGACAUGGCGUGGCUAGAGAGUCCCACCAUCCCUGCUUCUGCGACCUGUCUCUCAUUUUGGUAUCAUAUGUAUGGUACUCGGGUAAACACAUUAACUGUAUUCAUCAAAACCCAUGACACUAAGAAGAAUCUUUGGGUUCACGAAGGCGGUGAAAUUGAUGGCUGGUUAUAUGCUUACGUUCCAUUGGACUUCACUGAUUCAUUCCAGCUUGUUUUUGAAGGCCGUAGAGGAAGCACUACACAUGGUGAUAUAUCAAUUGAUGACAUUCGUGUUUAUGAUACUGAAUGCCGACUUGCACCAUACCACUCUAUUGUGUGCGAUUUUGAACAAGAACAUUGGUGUGACUUUAUACAAGACAAAAAUGACGACUUUGAUUUCAAGAGAACUAAUGGAGCAACUGCAUCGAUAGGAACCGGGCCCUCAGUCGACCACACUACGAAUACUGAAUAUGGACACUACAUCUACGUCGAUUCCAGUGAGCAAAACGCAGGUGAUGUAGCAAGGAUGUGGACGCCAUAUAUAACAUGGGACAGUGCCUCCAUUCGUAAAUGUUUUCACUGGUAUCUUCACCACCAGGGAAUUACUGGAUCGUACACAGCAUAUAGAGAAUUCGAAUAUGACGGGAAACCGUAUACAAUCUUGUGUUGCUUUAUUGUGCCCGAGAACAACCUUGUGUUCGGAGAUAAUUGGAUUAGAGCUGGCUUUGAUAUUUACUUUUAUGAGCAUCCGAAUACAAGAAUGAGGUUCCAGAUUGUUGUUACGGCGGCCGACGGCGACAAUGGUGACAUGGCCUCUGAUGAUUAUUAUGUUAAUGAUGGAAAAUGCCCAGAUCGUGUUAAUCACGAUUUCGAUGACGGGUUUGGUCAGUGGUUUAAUGAUCGCAACGGCCUACGCGAUGAAUUCGAUUGGGUAAUAGGAUCAGGGGAACAUAGAUAUGGUAUGACUGGCCCUGACAUAGACCACACGCAAAGAACAACGCAAGGAAAAUAUGCACUAUGUGAUGUAUCUGGUGGAUCAAAAGGUGACAGGGCGGUAUUGGAGUCGAGAACACGCUUUGUUCAAAAUAAAUGCAUAACAUUUUGGUAUCACAUGUAUGGCGAGCAUGUUGGAGAAUUGCGUCUGUUGCUUCGAGAGGGCGAUGAUGAAAUUCUGGUGUGGCGACUCGAGGGACAGCAAAAUAAAAAAGACGAGUGGAAAAAAGCACGUGUUGGAUGGAAAAAUCACAUUAGUGGAGGAGCAGCUAUUGCUCAUCUCAUUGAAGUGAUCCGAGGUGAUGGAGAUUAUGGAGAUAUUGCAAUAGACGAUGUAUUGUCAGAGGGAACAUAUUGUGAUGAACUGCUACCACCUGAGGCGAACCCGAAUCCAGUUAAAUCGUCAAACAAGAUUGGAAUGAUUGUUGGGAUUGUACUUGCUGCUUUGGUAUUUAUUACACUGUGUGCUGUAAUAUGUUAUAGAUAUAGAGAUUCAAUAUCCACAUCUACUUAUAAGCUAUUCAGCCGAAAGGAGGAAACAGAUACAACGGAAAUAGUCGAUGACCAGCCACGUAUAUAA